GGCGACGCAGGGACACAAUGCUACGGGUGCUGGGAGUUCGACUGCUCUCGAGGCUCCUCGUACUCGUUUGCUCGCUAUCGCUGCUGUCACUGCUGUUUUUGAAUCGGUGUGGAUUCAACAGUAUUGAUACUGAUCUCAUCGACACGGCUGACCCAAUAACACCGGCGAGUGAGGCGAGUCAGAGGGAGGAGGAGACGAGACUUGAGUUAGAGAGACUCACUGCUGAAAUUCGAACGUUGAAGCUUCAAAUUCUGCAGUUAACAGGUGGACCACCAGGACAUUCCGAGACUAUAGCCUCAAUAAACUCCUCCGAGAUCGGUGACUGCCUGGCAGCGAGACGUCAGGUAGAAUUCGCUGAAAUCACUCAGGGUCUCCCCCUCAACAAUGAGUACGAGCUAAUAGCAUUUAGUCAUUUCACAAUACCCCGUCUCUAUCCCGUGGAUCUCGGGCUAGGCAAGCGAGUGGUGGAAAAGCCCAUCGGAUUCAAGAGAAAGGACAUCCUCGAAGCAGUCUCAAAGGCCAUUGACACUCUCAACAAGAAUAUUUCAUCGAUCGCUGGAAGGUAUACAACAGAAGACUUCCUGGAGGGUCUCUACAGGGUUGAACCCACCACCGGGACACAAUACGAGAUGUACUUCAAGACGAAGAAUCUCAACAAAAGUUCCCAAGUAUCGAAUCCUGGGUACACCAAGAUCGUGAUGAUGCGGCCUUACGCACCGAUUCACUUUGUCUCAGUGCAGAGGCAGCAGACGAAGGAAAAGGAGUUGAUUCACAUUAUUCUUCCAUUAUCCGGGAGGACUGGAACCUUUCAAAGCUUUAUGGAUAAAUUUGUGAAGAUUGGGUUGAAGAAUGACAAGAGAGUGCAUCUAACGGUCGUUUAUUUUGGGACUGAAGGCCUUUCCGAAGCUCAAGCCAUCAUGUCUAGGGUACUGAUGACCAGGGGAAGUGGCGGUUCCAAUCAGAAUCUUCGCUUGCUCGCUCUCAACGAAACUUUCUCCAGGGGAAAAGGCCUCAGGGUUGGCGCUGAAAGAGCCUGGAAUGGAGACGGUGAUGUUCUCCUAUUCAUGUGCGACGUGGAUGUUGUCUUCAGUGCAAGGUUCCUAGACAGAUGCCGUUGGAAUACAGCACCAGGACGCAAGGUCUAUUAUCCCAUUGUCUUUAGUCUGUACAAUCCUCAUGUUGUCUACACGCUUCAGGGGCGCAAGGUGCCACCUGAGAAGGAUCAACUUGUUAUCUCCAGGGACACUGGGUUCUGGAGGGACUUUGGUUAUGGCAUGACUUGCCAGUAUAGAUCAGACUUCCUGCGUGUCCGGGGCUUUGACGAGGAUAUAGUGGGAUGGGGCGGUGAAGACGUUACCCUCUACAGAAAAUACGUCAGGAGUAAUAUCAAAGUUAUCAGAGCAACCGAUCCUGGCAUAUAUCAUAUCUGGCAUCCGAAGGUCUGCUCAGGUGGGCCAGGCCAGAGGCUAUCAACUGAUCAAUAUCACGCCUGCAUCCGUUCCCGCGCCCUAAACGAGGCCUCUCACGCCCAAUUAGGUUUCCUCGCCUUCCGCGAUGACAUCGCCAGCCAAGCGAUGAACCUCCAGGGCGCCCUAACAAAAAAAAAGAAAAAACCAGCGCCAUCAGGCCCCAAGAAGGACACAGCGAGGCUCUCCCGUACCAGAUCGAAUCCGGACUCACAGAAAGACAAAUCCUCUGGUAAAUCCUUCAAGGAUAAGACCUGAUCGAUUCACCAAUCCCCGGACUGUGUAAAUAUCGUGUAAAAAUGAAUGAAAGUAGCUAAAGUGCAACGGGGAUAAUCCCUCCUAUGGAUUCCAAAACAGAACGAUAAGUAUAUGAUUAUCGUAGCGUUUUCAUGGCCAUCUGAUCUCGCAAGACUUGAGAAACUUCACCAAAAACGUUGGAGGAGGAAGAAUUGUGGAUUGAAUAUAUCUGAAUUAUUCAAAUCGUCAUGUGAUUCAAACUCUCGUUUGCUUUUUGAACGAGAGCUUUAAGCGUCUUAAUUUGUUACAAAAAAAUCUCAUAAUUACAACGUUAUAAUGGUGUACCAUUUGUUGCAUAGCUUAUUUAUACGAGAAAUCGGAAUUUCUAUUAUAGAAUAAAGCAAGACCAACCAGACGUAUCAGUUUUAUACGUUAUAUAUGUGAAAGCUAAAGCUCCAACCACAGGAUGUCAAUUAGAUUGCACGAAAAUAUCAACUUCGACCUAUUUCUAUACAAUGACAAGACCAUUUUUAUUUGUACAUUGGGCCAGAGGAGGAAUUCUACUUUAAAUAUUCAAUAUUCGCAUGGCAUCGUUCAUCAGUAUUAUUUUCAUUUUUAUUACGUCUCAAUAAAGUAAUUUAUUAAUGAAGAAGUUUGACAUGUUUGAGAGGAGUAAUUGUUAAUCAUCGGUUGGAUGAUGCAUUGGAUAAUUUGUUCGAAAGAAUUGAAAUGCCGACUAUUAAGCAAUAAA